CGACCGAGCGAGCGCAUUCCUUCGUUCGUUGGUUCGCAGGAUGGAGGCUGCUGCCGCGGUGGUCGCGGCGCUCCGGCUGCCGGCCGCCCCGGCGAGGGGGCGGCUGGCGGCGGGGGGCGCGUGGGGCGCGCGGAGGGUGGGGCCGCCGGGGUGGGCGUCGUCCUCGUUCUCCUCCGUGGUGGCGAAGAUGGAGGGCGGCGGAGGAGGAGGGGGGAAGGGCGUGCCGACCACCAACUACGUGGUGCCGCUCGACAAGGCCACCGGGAUGACCCGCCCGCUCGUCGAGAUCCUGCGGGACCUCAACAAGCGCGUCCCCGACAAGAUCAUCGACCCCGAGACCAACACCGUCCCCUGGUACCAUGCCAAUAGAAUGCUGAGCUUUUAUGCACCAGGUUGGUGUGGAGAAGUCCGUGAUGUUACUUAUUCUGACAAUGGAACUGUAACCGUGGUUUAUCGUGUGAUUCUGAGAGGAACCGAUGGAGAGGCAUACAGAGAGGCCACUGGCACAGCACCAGUGCAUGAGGGCCGCAAUGACGACGCUGUUGCGGCUGCGGAGGAAGCAGCUUUCUGCAAAGCCUGCGCACGGUUUGGUUUCGGCCUCUACCUGUACCACCAGGACGAGAUCCCAUAGAGGAGAAUGGCUUUGAGAGACUCAUUUCUGCAGAGGAGCUGCUGGUCACAAAAUUUGUAGGAAACACUGAGAUAGAUUUUCGCACAAGGCCUGGUUUUGCUGAGCAUAUUUACAACACAGGGAAAGCCUGUAACUUCAAUCUGUUGAGUCCAUGUCGCCUGGCAUAGCUCUUUCAGAUAGGAAAAGUAAAUCGGUGUUGAUGCUUAAUUGAUGUAUUUAUAUCAGUUUCUGGAGCUGAAUUUUUUAUAUGGAUGUUUUUGUUAUCGUUACUGAAUGUUAAUGAAGUUGCUUCGACCAUUGAUUACAUUCGUUGUUUGCUU